AUGCCAUUCGUGACAACACCCGCUGUCUUUGGUCGCAACCUAUUCUUGGCUGCGGCUAAUGCUAUUAAACCUAUUAAACCUUUUACCGUAAUACGUGGUUUGGCCACUGUUACCGAUCAAUCCUUCGCCAAUGCAAAGCCUCCGCUGGGACCAUAUGCCAACAUCGUUUCUUCCAAACCUGUUCCUGCAGCUAUCCAAUUUAAAACCGGUCAAGUUUUUCAUGGAACUUCAUUUGGCUCUCAAAGAUCUGUCUCAGGGGAAGCCGUUUUCACAACUUCGCUUGUGGGCUAUCCUGAAUCCAUGACCGACCCUUCUUACCGAGGCCAAAUUUUGGUUUUCACUCAGCCUCUCAUUGGUAAUUAUGGUGUACCGGGUCUCUUCCGGGACCAGUACGGCCUCUCCAAAUAUUUUGAAUCUGACCGCAUCCAGUGUGAAGGAAUCGUUGUGAACGACUACGCCACCCGUUACUCUCACUGGACCGCCGUUGAAUCCCUUGGAGAAUGGUGCGCUCGACACGGUGUUCCGAUUAUAUCAGGAGUGGAUACUCGUGCGAUCGUUCAUUUAUUAAGAGACCAAGGUUCAACCCUCGCGAAGUUGGUAACUGGCGGUGAAGCUGAGAACGAAGACUUCUCGAACAUCCAUUUUUCCGAUCCCAACGAGAGAAACUUGAUCGCAGAAGUAAGCACCGAGGUUCCGGUCUCCUAUAAUCCAUAUGGAGAUGUCAAUAUUGCUGUCAUCGACUGCGGGGUCAAGUACAAUAUCUUACGUUCACUCGUUAAUCGUGGCGCGGCCGCCACGGUUCUUCCUUGGGACUUUGAUUUUAAUGAGAUCGCUGAUCAGUUUGACGGCAUCUUCAUCUCAAACGGGCCUGGUAAUCCAAAAAAGGCUGUUGAGACCGUUAAAAAUUUGCGUAAAGCCAUACAGACCUAUGAUAAGCCAAUAUUUGGUAUUUGCAUGGGGAACCUUAUCCUGGGUCUGGCCGCAGGCCUGGACGUGUAUAAGCUCCGAUUUGGUAAUCGGGGCCACAACGUUCCCGCUCUUAAUAUGGUAACGGGUAAAUGUGCCAUCACCUCUCAGAAUCAUGGUUACGCACUCGCGGAUGAUGUCAUGCCCCAGGGUUGGGAGAAAUUCUUU